UUACAUCCGUAACCUGCUUGAAAAGUACAAUAUGCUGGAGUGCAACCCGACGAAUGUGCCGAUGCAACCUCAUGCAGGAGAACUCGUCCCAGCCGCAACAAUAAACGAGACCCUUCCGUAUCGACAGCUCGUUGGAUCAUUAAUUUACCUAGCCAAGUGCACACGUCCUGACAUCUCAUAUGCAGUGUCCCGCCUGUCUCAGUUUAUGCACGCAUACGACGAAACUCACUGGAAAGCUGCAAAGCAAGUCCUCCGCUAUUUAAAAGGCACCGAGGAACUCGGAAUCAAAUACAAACCGUGUGAGGAUAUGAUUCUCAGGGGAUAUACAGAUGCAGAUUAUGCUUCCGACAAGAUGGAUAGAAAAUCUACAACAGGUUUUGUCUUCAUGCUAAAUGACAGCGUUAUUUCAUGGUCAACCCAAAAGCAACCCAUUGUCUCAAUGUCAUCAAUGGAAAGUGAAUAUAUAUCUCUCGCUUCUGGAGCGCGUGAAGCCGUUUGGUUACGACGAUUUCUAGAAGAAUUAGGAUUCCCACAAGAGUCCCCAACAAUAAUUCAUGUUGACAACCAGAGUGCAAUAAAAUUGGUCAAAAAUCCAGAGAUGCACUCAAGAUCCAAGCACAUCGAUGCCCGGUAACACUACACAAGAGAGCUAGUUAGUACAGGACAGUUGGCAAUUGAAUAUGUACAUACCAGUGAACAAAUUGCAGAUGGAUUAACUAAGCCACUACUGAAGACCCAGCAUUUCAAGAUGAGACACGAUCUCAGUAUGGAAAGAAAUGAGACAAAGGAGAGCAAGGACAACCCAACUAAAGUAAAGAGAGGUCCCCUCCAAGCCAACUUCUCACUGAUGAGCCUUCUCACCAUCCUUCUUAUGUUUAUUACGCAAGCUUGUGGGGUGACACAUCAGAAUGCGAUCCCUUUACUAUGGAAAAAGAGUCCAAUCCCAGUUACAACGGGAUAUAACCAAGUCCACUUGCUCGUCAAAUUCAUGAACCCGUGCGAAAUUUUAACACAGGAUCUACUCCAUAAGGAUCUAAGUGCCUAUGCAACCGAGAAAUGUAACAAAAUAUACGACGAAAUGUUCCUGGAUGAGCUAGAAAAAAUGUGCCCUAAAAGAAAAUUCUCCGAUCAUAUUAAUUCGCGACAUACCAGAGAGAUUGGACGAAGAGUGAAGAGAGUCCUCCCAUUACUUGCAGUUGGAGUAAUAAUUGGUGUGACUGUCCUUGUAGCCGGCUUAUCAGUUGGUGGAGCAAUCAAUUCGUUUGUUCAAACUGGAAGAAUCUCUGCUUUGCAAGGAACAGUAGCGGAACAAAGAGAGAUGCUGGAUGAAUUGGAACGUCGCGUGGAAAUAUCGGAAAGAGAGAUUGAGAAGCUUAAGGUUAGCCUAAAUGCUACACUAGAACAGCUUCAGCUACAUCAGCUUGAUCACGACGAACUCAAGGGAAAAUCCAUUGACACCAAUUUCGCAAUUGCCUACCUUACCAGUCGCCUCAUGAUAGGUAGAGAAAUAAUUAGAGAAGCAACAAGACAGUGGCGGCGAGGAAAAGUUUACGCACCACUAAUGGAUUUCUUUAAUUUCACGUUACCCUGUGGUGAUGCUUGCCCAGUCAGCUUCGCACAAUCUCAAAAGUGCGAAAUAUCAGAUGACAGAACCAAGCUGUAUGUGGACUUCACAGCAACUGAAAUUAACAAAGAUUUGCAACUCAUCGAGGCAGACUCCUUCGAUCUCAAAGUUGAAAGGAAGAAUGAAACCUGCGUUCUAAAGUACAAGGGACCCCAUAAUGCCAUCCUUUCUACGAAAGAUGACUGCGUAUACUCCAUCAAUGUUAAGGAGCCUACAACCCCCGACCUAAUUGUUUCGCCCACUCGAGGAUGCACGCCAA